AUGGCAGAGAGUGUGGUACGUUUUUUGAUUAACCAGCUAUCAACCUUGCUUUCCCAAGAGAUCACGCUUUUGGGGGAGCUUAAAUCAGAUGUUCAAUUCAUCAAAGAUGAACUCAGUAGCAUGAAGGCCUUCCUCAGAGAAGCUGAAGCAAAGGAAGACAAUGAUUCUCAACUCCAAGAAUGGCUAAAGCAGGUUCGAGAAGUUGCUUAUGAUACAGAGGAUGUUCUCGAUGACUUUAUCUGCCGCUUUGCUCGUGGUUACAUGGAUGGAUUCUGUGGCAAGUUUGGAAAGAUCUAUAACUCAAUAAAGAAUCUGAAAGCUCGCCAUCAAAUUUCUUUGGAGACAAAAGACAUCAAGGCAAGAGUUGGAAAGAUUUCAGCAAGGCAUCAGAGGUACCAGUCCCUAUAUGGUACUCGAGAAAGAGGCUUUAGCUCUUCUCGUCAGGUGAAUGCAGAUUUUGACAUUCAUGCUCAAUCACUCUUCAUUGAAGAAGCUCCACUUGUUGGGAUUGAUAAGCCAAAAGCAGAGCUCAUCUCAAAAAUCCUUGAGGACCAUUCCCAAUUGAGAGUAGUUUCGGUUGUGGGAAUGGGGGGACUCGAGAAGACUACCCUGGUGAAAAAAGUCUACGAUGAUGCUGCAGUGAAGAAACAAUUUCAGAACCAUGCUUGGAUAACUGUUUCUCAAAAUUUUCAGUUCAGUGACAUCAUCAAGAACCUGAUCCAACAGUUGUACAAUGAAAUUAGACAGCCGGUCCCUCCCCAAGUGGAAUCCAUGGAUGUUCUUAUGCUGAGUGAAUUUGUGAAAGACUUCCUCCAGGAAAAAAGGUACAUUCUUGUCCUUGAUGAUGUGUGGAGUAUAGAUGCCUGGGAAGCUAUCAAAUGUGUAUUGCUUGACUGCAAUAUCACUAGUCGUGUUGUAUUGACAACACGAAUUGCUGAUGUAGCUUCUGCAUCCUGUUUAGGAUCACUUGACUCCGUCUAUAAGAUGGAGCCUCUUUCUGAUGAAGAGUCUUGGACUCUAUUUUGCAAUAGAACAUUUCAGAGCAAUGACUGUCCUUCAAAUCUAGAAGAAGUUGCAAAAAAAGUACUGAAAAAAUGUGAGGGCCUACCGCAUGCAAUUGUUGCAAUAGGUGGUGUUUUGGCUCUGAAGGACAAGGAAAAUACAGAUGAAUGGAAGAUGAUUCUUCAUGGUUUUGGUGGCGAGUCAGAUGGCAGUGGUAAGCUUGACAGAAUGAAGAGGGAUGAUGGCAGAUUGGUUACAUGUGGUUUUCAUGAUUUUCUAUGUGAAAUCACUGUUUCAAAAUCUAAAGAGCAGAGUUUCACGACUGUAGCCACCAGAUAUCACACAAGAUGGCCUGAAAAUGUUCGACACCUAGCAAUCCACAACUUCACUAAUAAUCCACAAGAAAUUAGUAGCUUAAAGUGUCUUCGGUCUGUGGUAAUAUUUGGGUAUGAAGAUCCUCUCACAGCUACAUUUUUAUCGAAGUUUUUAUAUGGUGAUCCCAAGUUGCUAAAGGUGUUGGAUUUGUAUGGAGCUAAAUUGGACAGUAUCCCAAAGCAAGUCUUCAAACUAUUUCAUCUCAGGUAUCUUAGUCUCAAUGGUACUGGAGUUAAAAUUAUUCCAAAAUCUAUUGGAAGGCUUCAAAACCUUGAAGUUAUAGAUCUGACAAGAACCAAUGUAACAGAGUUGCCUGUGGAAAUUCUAAAUCUAAGAAAACUCCGUUCUCUUUGGUUAGGCGGAGUGGGUGAUUAUUCAAAUGAGCAUGCAGAUUGGGGCUGUAAAUGUCCACUCAGAAUUGGAAAGCUUAUUUGCUUGGAAACUCUGUAUAAUAUAGAAGCAGAUUGUGAUAAAAUAGUACCAGAGAUUGGAAACUUCAUGCAGUUGCAGCAAUUAUCCAUCACAUAG